GCUAUUUAGAGGUGGAACUUAUAUUAAUCUUUGAUGAUUGAUAUAUUGUAAUUUAAUAGUAUUUAGCGCAUUUAUGGCAUGCCCCUUAGGAUGCCUUAAUUAUUUCCACUUGAAGACCUUAUUCAAAUUAUCAAGAUGCUAUUUAAAAACUGUAGCUCUCAAAAGUCAAUACACACAAGCAGAACGAGACAUUUAUAAACUAAGGAAUAUUGGUAUUUUAGCACAUGUGGAUGCUGGCAAGACUACCACGACAGAAAAAAUCUUACAUGUGGCUGGUAUUGUAAAUUCUAUUGGUACAGUGGAUGAUGGAAAUACAGUUACAGACUUUAUGAUCCAAGAGAGAGAACGUGGCAUAACAAUUGCAAGUGCUGUUGUCGCCUUCAAUUGGCGAGGUCACACCAUAAAUCUUAUAGACACACCCGGCCACGUAGAUUUUUGUAUCGAGGUCGAGAGGUGUUUGAGGGUCAUUGAUGGAGCCAUUUUGAUACUCGAUGCUUCUGCUGGCGUAGAGGCUCAAACUGUUAAAUUAUGGCAUCAACUGCGUAGGUUUAAAAUUCCGACUAUAUGCUACCUCAACAAGAUGGAUAAAGACACUAGCUCGAUCAAAUUAUGCCUAAAUUCUCUUGAGCAUAGGCUAGGGGCUAAGCCCUUACUAAUCCAAUUUCCUAUCUACCGUUACAAUUUACCGACUGAGACUACGAAUGUACCACCACUUACUAAGAUAGACCUUAAAGGGUUGAAUGGCCCAAGAUUUUGUGGAGUUUUAGAUUUGUUAGACAAUGAUGUAGAAAAGAAUAAAAAGAUCAGCGAAAAUGAUAAAGCUCUAUUUUCACUCAAAAGGUGUCAACUCAUAGAAACUCUAGCAGACCUAGAUAGCGAUAUCAUGGACAGAUUGCUCACAUGUGAAGAUCAUAACUUAAUUGCCAACUCUUCCCUACGUAAUUCUAUUCGUAGACUCACGUAUAAUAGUUCGAUUCUCCCGAUAUUGUUAGGCUGUCGCUCUCAAGGGCAGGGUUAUAUCGAACACUUACUCGACGCCGUUACCUCAUAUUUGCCGAAUCCUAUGUUCGUUGGAAACGAAACGGUUGGUUUUGACGAGAAAACUAAAAGCCUUAAGAGCCACCUUAACUACAACAAUAAUGAUAAAUACUCCCGAUUUAACGAUACUAAAACCGAUCUUUUUAGCUACGAUGAGUCACUUAUUAUCAAGGAGAACUUGCCCUCUUCUAUCGGGCGCGCAAAUGAUUUUGAUUGGUCCCAUCCCGACAUGACUUACCUAACGGUUUUCAAGCUAGUCAAUCAUCGAGAACACGGACUGUUAGCUUUGGUAAGACUCUACACUGGUUCCUUAACCAGGGGCCAAUCGUUGGUUAGAUUGGAAAAUAAUUGUAAAGUUCCUCCUUGCAAUACAUCAUUGAAUGGGGGGAAAGAAUUUGAUCACGGUCGAGAUACGAUGGUAAAUAAAGCUGGAGAUGAAACAAUCGAUUCAGAUGAUGCAGUAAACAGUUUUUCGCAAACAAAUAGCACUAGCCAAUAUAACGAUAAUAAUAAUAACAACCUAAAUGAUUAUAUCAACCCCUCAUCCUUACAUGUCAAUAUCGAUUUUAAUGCAAGCUCCAAACCCUGUAAAAUAGGCGACAUAUGGAAUAUCCAAGGCGAAAACCUAACGCUCGUAUCCGGUUCUGUUUCGGCUGGACAUUAUACUGUAGUGCGCGGACUUGUAGCCAAAACUGGAGAUACGUUUGUUGCGCCGCAAUUAUCUAAAAAGUUGGAGACAAGAUUGGCAAAAAUGUCUAUCAAUACUUCUGAAUUUGGGGAUGGCGCAAAAGAAAAACACAUAAUGGAUGAGUACAUAGUUCGAACUUCCUUAGCCCAUAACACUUACAAGUCUCUCGAGGUGCCAGAACCCAUGUUUUUCUGUACAGUCGAAUCAGAAAAUCCUAGAACUCAAAGAUCUUUGGAGAAUGCUCUGGAAAUUCUUAGCAUGGAAGAUCCCACUCUUAGAAUCCAUACUUCAACGUCUAUCUUUGGUGGAGGUUCGAAGAGAUCUAAAAAUGACCAAUGCUCGGAAAGUUCAAAAUUGGAUGAUGACAUUAGAAAAAAUAGUCAUGGUAGAACUGUCAUAAGUGGUUUGGGAGAGCUACAUAUUCAGGUGGUUAAGGAUCGAAUCCGAACAGAGUUCAGUGGACUUAAGGCUUACUUGGGGCCCCUCACGGUAGCUUAUAAAGAAACUCUUAAAGAACAAAUAUAUGUGUCAAAGCACUUGACUAAAAUAAUAAACGACAAAAAAUUGACUUUAAGCUUGUCUCUGACUUUUGUUCCACUAAAGAGUCAGGAGGAUCGGAGCACGGAAUUUAAAUCGUUAAAAAUCCUUUAUACUAAAGAGAAUCAACUGACUCGCCUCCCUAAACAGCUAUUAACCGCACUGGAUCAUAGCUUAACCGUAGCAUUAUCUAACGCGGGUCCCCUCAAGGGCUCUCCUUUGGUAGGGAUAGCGAUUCAUUUGCACAACAUCUCUUGUUUGGCUCAUUCGGAUCAUCAAUUGUCAUUUGAUAAGCAGCAGGUGGUGGCUAAAAAUGAGGAGGAAAAUGGGUUAUAUAAUGCAAGUCGAAAUUACCUCACGCCUCAACUGAUUCAUUCUCGGCAUUUUCGGGACUUAGUUUGCAGUCUGGUAGUACCGGGUUUGACCCAGCUUUGCGUAUCUAGUGCUGUUAGUCCACUUUCGAAUCAAUAUUUUUUGAAUUCAAUUGAAGAGGACAAAAAAUCAUCAAUCAAUGCCAUAUUGUUAGAGCCAAUUGUAGAUGUAAUUAUAGAUGGAGUUCCUUCACAUCACCUUUCCAUUUUAAAAAACGAUUUAAACCGUAGAAGGGUUAGGAAUAUUGAAGUUUCACAUUCGAAAACCUUUGGAAAUGCAACCGAAAAUAUCUCAUACGACGUUAAGGCCUCUAUUCCUCUGAUAAACAUGGCAGAUUUCGCCGGAAAAUUGCGAAUGAUAACAUCUGGUGCUGCCUCUUUUCAUAUGUUUUUAUCUUCAUAUGAACCAAUCAAUGAAUAUUAGCAUUAUUUAUAUUUCGAUUAUUACAAUAUCUCAAUAUUUAACAGUCUAAGAUUCCAUUAUUAACUAAAAAUAUUACACAUACAUUGAAGCCUCCAAAAAUAGCUAUUCAAGAUCAAGCAAAAAUACUUAUAA